AUGGAUGUAUUUUUAAGACCGUUGGUGGAUGAAUUAAAGGAGUUGUGGAAUAAUGGGGUACCAAUGAGAGAUAGUUCGACCAACUCGAUGUUCACAAUGCGUGCUGCGCUUUUGUGGACAGUGAAUGAUUUUCCUGCUCGUGGUAGCUUGUCUGGAUGGAGUGGUCAAGGUUAUAAAGCUUGUCCUACUCGUAAUGAAGAUACAACGUCCAUUCGAGUAAUCCGGAAGACCUCAUAUGUUGGUCAUAAAAGGUUCUUGCCAAGUAAUCGUGUAAUGAGAAGAGAUACUCAGUUUGAUGGUAAAGUUGCAAGAAGACCUCCUCCAAGACGAUUUACUUGUGAGGAGAUAUUAUCACAAGUUAAUGCUCUUGAACCGCAAAUUCCCGGACAUCAUGAAGAUUUUGGGGGCGUGAAACGUAGAAGAGUUGUAGAAACUUCUAAUUGGAAGGAAAAAAAAAGUAUUUUCUACGAGCUGGAGUAUUGGAGCACGAAUAUUUUAAAACACAACAUUGAUGUCAUGCAUGUUAAGAAGAAUAUGUGUGACAGUCUCCUAGGAACCAUCUUAGAUAAUGAUAAAUCAAAGGAUACAACCAAUGCACGACAUGAUUUAAAGAAGAUGGGUAUUAGGAAAUUGUUGUGGAUUUAUGAAGAUGAGAAUGGCAGACUAAUGAAACUGGAUGCUCCUUAUGUUUUGACUCGUGAAAAAAGACAACUAUUUUUGGGAAACAAGGCACGUCCUGAAGGGUCAAUUGCAGAAGGUUAUGUCGUUGAUGAGGAGGUAACCUUUUGUUCAAUGUACUUUAAAGGGUGUGAAACAAGAUUUAAUCAUCUUGAUCAAAAUGAAGAUGCACCUUCUGUCUCUCGCUAUCUCUCAGUUUUUAAUUCUCAAUCUCGUCCUUUGACUAACAGAAUUAUCAAGCCUCUUAAUCGUAUCAGUCGUGAAAAAGUUGAGUGUGAACAUUUGGAGAAGAUCAGGCAUGAGUAUCCUAAUAGUAACCACGAUGUUUUGCAUAGACAAACUUUUCGUCCGUGGUUUCAUAAGAAGUUUAUUGCAACUGAAAGAGACAAAAAGCGAAAGACACAAAAUAGUGGUGUUAAUGUUGCUAGAACUGAAGGGUUUGAUUACUACGGCAUACUUGAAGAUGUAAUCACUAUAUCUUAUAUUGGUGCAUAUACAAUUACACUGUUUGAAUGUAAAUGGUAUAACACUAAUCCUAUAAGAAAGAAGACAAUCACUGAAAAUAAUAUAACCAGUAUAAAUAUACGUGGAUUUUGGUAUCAAGAUGAGCCGUACAUCCUUGCUAACCAAGCCAAGCAAGUUUUCUAUCUUGAAGAUCCACUCAGAGGUCGCGAUUGGAAUGUUGUUGAAGAUAUUAGCCAUCGAAAAAUUUGGGACAUUAAUGACAAUAAAGAUGAGACAGAUGUUGAUGUUGUAAAUGAUUCUAACUCUUCAAAUUUUGUUUUGACGGUUGAUCUUGGAGAGUUGAUUUUGCAAUCGAAUGAACCUCCAGUAAUUGUUGAAUCGACCGAUAAGUUAGUGGAUUCUGAGAAGGAAAAUAAUGAACAUGAUUAA